AUGAGGGUCAAGUUGUUAGAAGAGAUCGAAGUCAAACACGCAAAGAAGAUGAUAAGGGUUCAGCAAGCCCUUCAAGGAGCAUGGUUAAUUAAUGCUCAAUUCUUGGCUAAGGAUGGUGCAAGAGACAAGUUGCAGGAGCUUUCUUACUUGCACAAACCUGACGUAAUUUGCAUUGCAGAACCGCAUGUUUUCUGCAGUGUACGUUUUGUUAGGUCUCUUAAUUUGGUUGAUUUUUCUGAAGAUGUUAUUAAAAAUGAGGUUGAUGGAGAUAAAGGUAAUAUUUGUAUUUUAUGGAAGAAUACUCUUUUAAGGCCUGAUAUUUUAUCUACUUCAAAGCAAGCAAUUACUGUGAAUUUUACGGGGGAUUUCAUUACGGAUGUUUAUGCUUCCUAUAAUCUGGUGGUAAGAAAGAGACUUUGGCCGUCAAUUAGGUUUAGGUUUUAUAUCUAUUCCUUGGUUGGUGUUGGGAGAUUUCAAUUGCAUUUUACGCCUGGAGGAAAAGAAGGGAUUUCUGACAAUGGCUUGGUUGAGGCUGAUGCUAUUGGUAAAAAAUAUACUUGGUAUAAUUAUAGAAGUGGAGCUCACAGAAUUGUCUCUAGACAUGAUAUGGCGGUUUUUAAUGAUGCUUGGUGCUAUAAGUAUGCGAACUGGAGAUGCAAGGCCUUGCCUAGGGUUUGUUCAGAUCAUUCCCCCCAUUUUGGGUUUGCUUUUGAAAAUCCAAAGCCGGCUAGAGUUCCUUUUCGAAUUCAGAAGAUGUGGUUUUCCCAUCCAGGUUUUAUGCAAUUGGUGGAAGAGAGAUGGAGUUUGGAUCUUAAUGGUGCUCCCCCUUUUGUUUUUACUUCUAAGCUGAAGAGACUAAAAGAGGUGUUGAAGAUUUGGAACAGAACUAUUUUUGGAGAUGUACAAUUUCACUUGAAGCAGGCUGAAUUGAAGCUGGAAACUGAGAAUGAUAUUCUUGAUUAUGAUCCGGCUGAUGAAUUUCAAUUCCUAAGGGUUGCGGAUGCCAAAAAGGAGGUUGAUGAUGUGAGAAUGGAUUUGGCCAUUAUGCUUAAGAUGAAGUCAAGAGUAACUUGGUUAGAGGAUGGUGACCAAAAUACUCGUUUCUUUCAUAACAGCAUCCGCAUGAGGAGAAGUCAAAAUACCAUAUCAGAGCUUAAGAUUUCUAACGAUACUACUUUGUUUUUGCAGGAUGAGAUAAAUGAUUACGUUGUUAACCAUUAUCAGGCCAAGUUCAAUGGAGGUGACGUUCAUAUUGAUCCAGUUUUAUUUGAUAUUGAGCAUGAGAGCAUUUCAGCUACCGAAAGUGCCUAUAUGGAUGCUAUUCCAUCUUUGGAGGAAGUUAAAAUGACGGUUUUCGAUUUGGGAGCUGAUUUUGCGCCUGGCCCAGAUGGCUUCACAGAGCAAGCGGCGUUUAUGAAGGGUAUAAACACUCAUGAGAAUAUAGCUUUGGCGUCUGAAUUGAUCAAUGAGAUCAAUACGGAAAGGAAGCAUGGAAAUGUUGUCCUCAAACUGGAUAUUUCCCAAGCUUUUGAAACGAUAAGUUUGGAUUUCAUAGCUGAAGUUUUUCGUCAAUAUGGAUUUUCUGAUUCUUGGUGCAAGUGGUUUCUUAAUAUCCUUAGCUCAGCUCGGAUUUCUGUCAUGAUUAAUGGAUGCCCUGAAGGUUAUUUCAGUAUUGCUAGAGGUAUGCGUCAAGAUGAUCCUCUCUCACCUUUGAUCUUUGUUCUUAUUGAAGAUGUUUUAAGUCGCAAUCUUUCCAAGUUGUUUGCAAAUAAUAGUAUGCAUGUUAUGGUUAGUAAGAAAGGUGUGGCGCCUACUCACUUACUUUUCGCGGAUGAUAUCCUUAUUUUCUGCAAAGGUAAUCUUCAUAGUUUGCAAAAUUUGAAGAAUAUGCUUGUUUUGUAUGAACGUCCGUCUGGUCAGUGCGUAAACUAUGAAAAGAGCAAGUUUUAUUUUGGAGGUGAUAGAAUUUCUCAUGCUAUUGCUAUUUCUAACUAUUUGGGUAUGGAGAGAGCUAUGUUUCCGGAUAAAUACUUAGGUAUUCAAUUGAAACCUGGAAUUGUUCGGCAUAUUCACGUUCACCAAGUGGUUGAGAAGAUUAUGGACAAGUUGGCUGGAUGUAAAAGUAAACUUUUAUCAUUCCAAGUAAGGCUUGUGCUAAUUAAAUCGGUGAUUUCUAGUUAUGUUAUUCAUUUUAUGGCUGUUUAUAAGUGGCCAUGCACGGUUAUUAAGCAAGUUGAGAGUGCCAUUAGAAAUUUUCUUUGGUCCGGGGAUGCUGAAAAACGUAAAUAUUUUACGGUUCUAUAUGAUGAUCUAUGCCUCUCAAAGCGUGAAGGUGGUCUUGGCAUUAAGAAGUUAAAUGAUGUUAAUAGGGAUAUGCUCAUAAAUCUUUGGAUUUCUAUUCGGGAUUCAAACAAGAUCUGGGCCAGAUUUUUGAGGGCCAAAUACUUUAAGAUCAAUGGUAAUCUGAUAAAUUACAAGCUGGGUUCUUCGGUUUUUCCUGGUAUUCGCUUGGUCUACAACUUUGUGCAGAAGCAUACACGCUCAAUUAUAGGCCCUAAUGAUUUUAAGGCUAAAGUUAGUGAUAUCAUUUUUGAUGGUGCUUGGGUUAUUCCUGAAAAAACAAGAGAGUUGAUGAUUCGUUGUAAUAUUGAUGUGGAAAACUUGCUGGUUAUUGCUGGUGGUGAGGAUUAUAAAAUUUGGGAUUUAGAUAGCAAAGGCGUUUUCUCAGUUAAGUCGGCUAAGGCCGCUCUUAAGUUGUCGGCAGAAGUUGUGCCUUGUGCAAAUCUGUUUUCUAGACAGGUUGUGCACCCUACCUUGAGUGUGCAAUACUAG